CUGGGCCCAUGGAGAGACCAGUGAAGGAUGGGAUCCUCUAUGUGCAGCACACCAAAUUUGGAAAGAGGUCCUGGAGGAAGAUGCGAGCCCAGCUGUUCGCCGCCAGCCCAUCUGGCGUGGCCCGCAUGGAGAAGUUUGAUGUGCGGGAUGAUGGCACGAUCCCAGAGAAGAUGUCCUUGCAGCGGUGUGCCCGCCGGGUGAUUCGCCUCUCUGACUGUGUCUCUGUGGGCCCAGCAGGCACACAGAGCUGUCCCAAAGCCACCGCUGCCUUCUACCUCACCACCACAGAGAAAAGCUAUGUGCUGGCAGCCGAGCAGCGUGAUGAAUGGAUCACCCAGCUCUGCCAGCUGGCCUUCCAGGGUGCAAAAGAGACAGUGCCAAGUAGUGCCAGGACCCAGCCUGGCUCCGUUGUCCCCAUGGAGGAGAACUCCCUCUACUCAUCCUGGCAGGACUUGACUGAAUUCUUGGUGCUGGUGGUCCAGACAGACGCAGCCACCCGCUGUGGGCUGCACGGGCACUACCUGCUCUCGGCCCUUCCCCAGAGCCUGACACUGAAGGACCCCCAGUCCCAUCAGCCCCUGCUCACCUGGCCCUACCCCUUCCUUCGCAAGUUUGGCCAGGAUCAGGCUGUCUUCUCCUUUGAGGCCGGCCGCCGCAGUGAUUCCGGCGAGGGCACUUUCACCUUCAGCACCCCACGGGCCCCUGAGCUCUGCCGGGCUGUGGCUGCUGCCAUUGCCUGCCAGCAGAAGGGCAAGGACACCCCGGACCCCAGACUCUUCUGUGUCUCAGACCCCCAGCUCUUUGCACAGGGUCUUGAGCCCCAGCCCUGGGAGCCUGGGAAUGAGGAUCCCCAGCCCAGUCUAGCCCUGGGGGGGACACAGCCUGCCUCUCACCCCCCUGCCAACCCCAUCCGCUUCAACCCACCAGAGCCAGAAGGCUCGUGCCCCAUUGUCUAUGCCUCCAUUGCCCGGGGCCAGCAGCCCCUCUUUGUGCCAGGACAGCCAGGCUCUGGUGAGCCAUGGGCUGUGGGGAAGCUGUUCCCUGAGCAUCUCUACGAGAACAUCUUCACUGCAGAACCACAUCCAUCUGGGGCCCAAGAAGAGGAGGAGGAAGGGCAGUGGGAGCUGGGCUGCCGAGAGGCCCCCGAGGGCCACAGCAGUGAGGGGGGGCCCCUCUAUGACAACAGGGCCGCCAUGGCCCAGAGCACCCGGGCCACAGGCUGGGGACGCAGAGGGCAGGAGGCGCUGUCAGGGCGCUCGGGGCACAAACCUCACAGCCUUCGGGCCAAGCUGGUGCGGCUGCUGAGCCGGGAGAGCCCCGGAGCGCGGGACUGGGCUUGAU